AUGCCCGUACAGGUAACUCCCGGAAUGGUUCAAUUCUUCAAGAACAAGACAUUUGCUGUCGUUGGAGCAUCGACGGAUCGAAGCAAGUUUGGAAACCGUAUCUUACGGUGGUAUAUAGACCACGAUGAGUCGGUAAUUCCCAUCAACCCAAAGACAUCCGUCAUCGAAGAUGUCCCAGCUCUGAAAUCCCUAUCGGAACUAUCGGAUCCCACGACCGUCAGCGUCUCAGUCAUAACACCACCACCAGUUACAAAACAAGUAUUACAAGAGGCUAUUUCUCUGGGUAUAAAGAACGUGUGGUUGCAGCCUGGAUCUGAAUCUGAAGAGGCUGUCGAGUAUGGUGUUUCGCAUGGGUUGAAUGUUGUGGUUGGGAAUCAUGCGUGUGUUCUGGUACACGGUGAAGAAGCCGCUCGACGUGCUAGACUGUGA